AUGGGAUCGCCAAGUGCAGCGCUGCAGGAAACUCCCGGCUUUGCAGCUUGGGAUCCGUUUACGGAUCCCACCGAUGCGAAAGAGGGCAGGACGACCCAGUACGAAUUGGCCGAAGCUGGGCCAAAGGCGCCCGAAGAAUGGGAUCCUUUUGAGGACCUGGAGAUGGUGGAGCUUGCCGGAGAUUUGGCUCUGGAAGCCGAAGAUGCGGAGGCGCUGGAGGUGUGGAUUCGGCAAGCGAAG